AUGCAAGAUCCUCCGGGUCCCAUGGAACGCAUCAAGAGCAAAUUGCAAUCCAUCAUCCGCAAAGACCGCAAACGUGUAUUUGCACCGAUACCCUUCCACCUCCCACCUUUGCGCCACAACACCCGCACGCUAAUGCAACGCAUCACCAAGCGCGAUGAUUCCACAAGUAAUGCGAACACGAGCGAGUAUCAGUAUUUGCAUCGCGGUAUGAGACUGCUGCGUUUCUUGUUUAAGGAUACUUCGAGCUCGGAUUUCGACGCUAAGGACUUGAAUAGUUUUACUUCUCCUGCUGACAGUCCCGAUUUCCACGUGUCGCCUGAAGGAAGGUGGUUUUAUGCUGCUGCUGACUGCAAGUUCGCUGAGCCUGAUGAUAAUGCUUACGGCGAUGGAAAUGAGCAGCUGGAGGAGCUACAGCAACAAGGGGAAGAUUAUCAGGGGGAGACGGUGGUGCGGAAAGAAAGCGAGGUGAUUGACAACGCCGGGUAUUCAUUGGUGGACUUGUGCGUGCUUCUAACUACCGAGAUCGAUAAGCUUUCAUCCAAAGCAGACAAGGCCGCCACUAUUAGCGGUGCUGGACCACUGGCAAGACAAGUUCAGGACGAUGACACGGUGCAGUAUGCUACAAUGGCCAAUUUACAAAAUUCCAAAAAAUGGGAUCCGCACUAUCACGUGAACCUGUACCCUUCGUUGAGCGAGUGGAGCCAGUACAACUCGUGCGACUUGCCCCAGUUUGCGCGUCAGCAAAAGACAAAGAGGCAAAUCCGAGUCGUGAAGAGGAGAAAGAAGAUUGUCUUUCGUAAUGCUGGGUCAAACUCGGCCGAGGAGGAGGACGAUGAUAUCUUAAAAUGCUAG